GCUUAGAAGUUACUUGAACACCCUUUCUCUCUGCUUCUCUGUAGCUCCACCAAGAAACGCCGCCGUCUCCGUCGCUCCGUUCUCUUUCUCCCACCCAAUCUGGAAAUAGUUGAAGACGGUUUGUUCAACCAGUUUGAUUUAAGAGAAUGCAGAAUAUGAAAGAGGAAGAUGUGAAUCGUUGCCAGAUUCAGGAAUGGUACCCAAAUUUCAAAUCUGUAUCCGUCAAGACUAUAAUUCAUCAACUUCCUGAAUCUUUCAUUCAAUACCUUCUUGACGACUCAGGACCCUUCCUAUUGCCUGUUUCUGUCUUAAACGAAGAUGCAUUGCCCAAUAGAAUUCAUAAUCCUAUUGACGAAGAAGAUUUUCAGGUAUCAGAGGGAUCUGAUGAUGAUGAAGCAGAUGAAUCUUCUCCACCCCCUUCUUUUCCAGAACUCGAGUUGCAAGUUAAGGAAUCCAUCGAGUCGCUUGGGGGUUCAGUUUUUCCCAAGUUGAAUUGGAGUGCUCCAAAAGAUUCAGCUUGGAUAAGUACUUCUGCUACCCUUCGCUGUACCACUUUCAGCGAGAUCGCACUUCUGUUCCGAGCAUCUGACUCAUUAGUCCAUGACUUAUGCCAUGCUUAUGAUUCUUGCCAAGAUAAAUCCUCGUCUAGACCGCAUAAUUUCUUCCUUGCUCUACGUAAAUGGUAUCCGUCCCUUAAGCCAGAGAUGGAAUUUCGUUGUUUUGUGCGGAAUCACAAACUAAUCGGAAUCUCUCAGCGAGAAGUUACUACUUUUUAUCCCGUUCUUGUUGAAAAGAAGGAUGAUCUCUUAUUACAGAUACAAGGAUUUUUCAACAAUUGCGUGAGAACUAAAUUUGAGUUAGAAAACUACGCAUUUGAUAUUUACGUUACAAACAAUGAAAGAGUUAAGAUUGUGGAUUUCAACACUUGGGGUGGCUUUACACUGUCAUUGUUGUUUACGUGGGAUGAAUUAGAACAUAUUCACAGUGAAGAAGAAGAUGAUGUGGAGUUUAGAAUCGUCGAAGAUCGUUGUGGUGUUAGGCCAGGUCUUAAAACAGCAGUUCCAUAUGAUUAUUUGGAUACCAGUUCAGGAAGUGGUUGGGAUCAAUUUCUCAGAAAUGCUGAUGAAGAGUUAAGACAGCAAUCCAGGUCUACCGAAGCUGCGACGCAGCGCAAAACCCUAAUUCUGCGAAGAAAAAAUCGGCAGCGGAAAAAAUCAAAAGCAAUGUCAGAUAGGAUAAGUAGAUUACAAGAUGAGAUUCUUUGCCACAUUCUCUCAUUUGUGACCACAAAAGAAGCAGUUGCAACGAGCGUUUUGUCAAAGAGGUGGACUCAUCUUUGGAUCUACGUUCCAAAUAUUGACUUCAACAUCAGUGUGGAUAACAGUAGAUCUAAUUACAAAUUUAAUGAAUCUGUGUACUCUGUUCUAGCCUCCCGAGAUGCCGUCGGCUCUAAUGUUGACAGUUUCCGCCUCGACAUUGAAUACGGUAACCCUCAUCUUGGCCAUAAUUGCGGUUUUCCCAAUAUCGUCAGAUGGAUCAACCUUGUUGUUCAACGCAAACUCAAGCAUCUUUAUCUACAUCUAUACUUCGGUAAAUACGAUGAUGACGAUCUUGAUGAAGAUGUUUCCUUACCCAAAUUGCCUAUUAGCAUCUUCACCUGCAAAACCCUGGUAAGUCUCAACCUCUAUCGGUUCCAUGUGGAGGGUUUUUCUUUUUCUUCCAUUGGAUUUGGAUUUCCCUCACUCAAAACCCUUAUUUUGGAAGACAUUGACUUCUCUAAAGGUCGAGAUUUUCUUUUGCUUCUAUCUGGAUGUCCAAAUCUUGAGGAUCUACAACUAUAUGAUAUGUUUUUUACUUUUGCCAACGAUCAUCUUGCCCUUCAAGAGUUUAAAAGCUUAAGCUUACCCAAAUUGACUAGAGCAGAUAUAUCUCCACAUUUUUGGUUCGUUUUUCCUCUGAAAGCACUUUCAACUUCUAAGCCUACGUGCUUAGAUACAUUGAAGUUGUAUGCAAAAGACCACGAAGUCGUUGAGGUGAAUCAGCUGCAGCGCCUUUACAGUGACAUUCGCAUCUUUCAUAAUUUGACCUACUUGCAAUUGCAGCUCACCAAUAGACAAUAGUUAUGAUUUGGUGGUGCAAGUGCUCCAUCACUGCCCUAAGCUUCAAGAUCUUGAACUGUAUAAGGAGCCAGCGUGUACAAUAGAUCAAAAAAAUUUGGUGGAACCAGAAUUUGUUCCACAUUGCCUUUCAUCAUACCUUACAACUUGCACUAUUCUGAACAUGGGAGGCCAACAAAGUGAGCUUAUGGUAGCGACAUUUAUUUUGAAGAAUGCAAGAAUUUUACAAACUAUGGAAAUCUGGACCCAAAGGGAACAAGAACAACCUGAAAUAGAAAGAAAAUUGUUCCAAUGCCCCAAGGCCUCUGCAACAUGUCAACUUUUAGUGUAUUGAUUGAUAACAUACAGACCAUAUUUGGAUCUCUGGAAACAAUUGAGUCUUUCUUGGUGGUUACUUGAAAGGUGAAAGAUAGGCUCUUGAGGAUUUGGCACUGAAGCAUAACUUUGUGGGUGAUUUUAGAUGUUUUUGUCAAAAUCUGAAGGCAAGAAAAUACAUUUUAUUAUAUGAACUCAACUGAGCACUUGGUAGAAACUAAAUGGCUCAUUUUAUCUUUUUGUUUUAAAUUACUGAAUCAGACAAUCAGUGUUAUGAUUAACAAUAUGUUCUAAAACCAUACAUGUUAUAAAUUUCAACUAGAUGUUGGACUAA